CCUGCAGGUCUGGAGCCGCAGGUCGCAGCGCUCUGCCAGAGCUCUGGUUCUCCCUGUCGACGGGUCGGUUCCGGUUCAGCGGUGAACUGUGGACUGAAGCGAGCGGCGUGGCUCCUCCCACUGCUUGUUCACCGUGAGCAGUGAUGGCUGCCUGGUUGUCACGGAGAGCUGCGUGUGGGAUCUGCAGCCUGCGCCGGCCGCUCUGCUGCAGCGCGCUGCGGUGGAGCUCCUCCGCCCUGCAGGAGAAGCUGCGGUCGGUGCAGGACCUGCCGCACGUCAGCACCCUGGAGAUGCUGUACCGGGUUCUGGUCCAGGGAUACUUCUCCUCUCUGCACACGCUGCAGGUCUAUGAGAAGCAGCUCUAUGGACCCAUUUAUAAAAACGGACGCAAAGCGGUGUCAGUGAGCAGCGCCGAGCUGCUGGAGGAGCUGCUCCGGAAAGACGACAAGUUUCCCACCAGAGGAGACAUGGAUCUGUGGACGGAGUACCGCCAGAUGAGAGGCCUGGGCUACGGACCCCUCACAGAGGAAGGCGAGCGCUGGUACAAGCUGAGGGCGGUUCUCAACAGGCGGAUGCUCCAUCCCAGGGAUUCAGCUCAGUACGACGAGGUGAUCAACGCCGUGGUGACCGACUUCAUCAAACGGAUCAAACGUCUGCGUCUCUGCAGCCCAACAGGCGACCUGGUUCCUGACAUCGCCAACAAGUUCUACCUGUUCUCUCUGGAAGGUAUUUCCUCCAUACUGUUUGAGACGAGGCUCGGCUGUCUGAGAGAGGAGAUUCCUGCCGGUACCCAGGAGUUCAUCACUUCCAUCUCUCAGAUGUUUUCCAACGCCAUUUAUGUGGCGAUCUUCCCAAAGUGGAGCCGCAGCGUGCUCCCCUACUGGCGGCGCUACAUCGCUAGCUGGGAUGGCAUCUUCAGCUUUGGUAAAACUAUGAUCGACAAGAAGAUGGAGGACAUCCAGCAGCGAGUGGACAACGACCAGGAUGUGGAGGAUGAAUAUCUGACGUACCUCCUGUCCAACUCCCAGCUGAGCACUAAAGAUGUCUACGCCAGCGUGACGGAGCUGCUGUUAGCCGGAGUGGACACGACCUCCAACACCCUGACCUGGGCUUUGUACCAGCUGUCCAGGAACCCAGAAACCCAGAACAAACUUUAUGAGGAGGUUUCCUCUCUGGUACCGGCGGACCGGAUCCCCAGCGCCGCAGACGUCACUGCGAUGCCGUUUUUACGAGCCGUGAUCAAGGAAACUCUGAGGAUGUACCCUGUGGUUUCUAUAAAUUCAAGGAUCAUAAAAGAAAAGCCUGUUGCUGUUGGUGGAUAUCAGUUUCCGGAGAAAACUUGUUUCACGCUCUGCCACUACGCCAUCAGUCAUGAUGAGAACAUCUUCCCAGAACCGUACCGGUUCAAACCGGAGCGAUGGCUCCGUGACGGCCGCCAGAGGCCCAACGCCUUCGGCUCCAUCCCGUUUGGCUACGGCGUUCGAGGCUGCGUUGGUCGCAGGAUCGCAGAACUGGAGAUGUACUUGGUUCUGUUUCGGCUUAUUCGAGAGUUUGAAAUCAAACCGAACCCCACUGCGGAUGAUCUAAAGAUCGUCAGUCGGUCCGUUUUGGUGCCAAACAAGCAACUGGACCUGCAGUUUGUGGACCGACCAUGAAGAAACAGUUUGAUUCAACAUUUUAGAUAAACGUCCCAAAAGUGCUGCUUCUGUUGUAUUUUCAUAUGAAAACUCCUAAAACUAAAACUGUGUGCAUUUCCACACUUUAAUCAUUAAUAAGGAGAAAAACUAUUGAAGCGUUUUCUGUAUGCUAACGUUAAAGCUAGCUGCUGCUAACAGGCCUUCCUGUUUCUGGAGCGUUUACAUUGUUGAUGUGCAGAAACAAUCAGGAAGUGAACAACACUGAACCGUCUUUUUGUUUUGCUAAAUUCUAAUGUUUGUAGUUUAGUGUGUAUAAUUUAUAGACAGGGUUUCUAAAAUUUAUGUCAUUUGGACAAAAUUGUCAAGUAAAAUACUAGGAGAAACGUACAUGUGUUUUGUAAAGUAGAAUAAAAAAUGAUCAUUUUGUACUGGUUCAACAGUAUUUUAAUUAAACAAAUAGUCUGUUCUAUUGUUGUUGGAAAGAGUUUUAUAAAUCAUUGUAGAUUGAAAACUUAAAAGAGGAAUUUUUCAGGUUUGCCUAAUUAAAAUAAAGACAUUUGGGUUUUUAAUUCUUUUGAAUUAGUUGGAAAAAGCAGAAAGCAGAUCUGAGCUUGAUGUGGUUUUAUUUACUGUGACAUUUAAAGAGAAAUCAAAAACUGUGGCUAUUAAAAGAUGAAUACUUGAUUGUACUGAAUACAUUCAUAGUAAAAAGAUUUAAAUUCCUCAAAUCAUUUUUAUUUAAAUGAUCAUUUGAAAUAAAAGGCUGCAGGUCAGAUUAGCAUCAUUCCUGCUGUUGUUUAUACUUGUUGUUCUGUCUGUAUGUUUGAAUAUCUGAUUACAUGUUUGUCAUAAACGAUAAUUAUGUUCCAUUAAUUUGCUUUUCAUAAUGUAAUUAGUAAUAUAAUGUUUUACCUUUGUGGUAUAAUCUAUAUUUGUGUUAAUUCAGUUUUAUUUUUCUUGUUACAAAAUUUAAGAGAUAAUUUUCGUCUUCCACAGAUUUUAUAAAUGUAAAAUAAUUAAAUUAUAACAUCUUUAUUUAAAA